UGACUUUUUAGGAUAGAGAAGAACAUAGCACAUGGGAACACCAAAGGAUGCACUUAAGAUUGAAAUGUUUGAUAUGUUUGGCACCAAAGGAUGCAAUUUUUAUUUUCUAAUUAAGAUUCCCAAUUUGUGAGUAGCUGUAAACAACAAUGACCAAUGCCAGCCCAUUUAUUUACUCCUUUUAAUACAACUCACCAACUAUACAUGAGCUUAAGAUCUAGUCUUAGCUUACAAUUUGCAGGCUGUGACUUUAUGUAAUGUGAAAUUAGAAAAAGAGUUUGUAAUUAUACAUUGUAUAUGAUUAUUAAUUUUCUUUCAUAUGGUAUAAAAUAAUAAGUUACUUAGUUUGUUUAUAUGCAGAGGGAUGCGAAUAAAGAUAUAUUUUCCAAAAAAAAACAAAGAAAAAAACCAAGCUAAUAUGGAUGGUAUGGACCGGAGAAUCUAAGACGUGCGAGAAUAAUGAGUUUCUUUACCAUUAUAAACAAACCACUAUAAACAAAAUAAUGUUCAUGUUCAUUCCAUUCCACCCUAUUCAAAUCAUUCUGAACAAAAAAAAGAGUUGUGAAGAAACUGAAAGUGGUUAGCUUCUCUCUCUUAAAAGACAUAUUGAAGAGGUCUCUUUGGUGGUAGAGAAGAAAGCUUCUGAGGUAAAGUCACAAAGACAACAUUUCUCAAAUCUCAUUUGUCAACAAUCUUAUUUGACUCAUAGUGUUGCAUUUGCUUUUAAGUUCUACUUCUGAAUCUUUUGUAAGUGAUGAUCUCUAAAGGUUUCUGACUUUUUAGAAUUACCCUUUUUGAUAUCUAAGCACAUGUUCUGUAUUCACGGACGGCCAAACUUUUGCUUUAGUUUUGUUCAGUUGAUAAUGCAGAUCCAAUGUGACUUGGUUUUAUAAUUUAUUUCAAUCGUUUCAAUAAAAAGGCCUGCCGUUGAACAUUAAUCUAUCAUCUACUUUGUAUAGAAUUGUAAUCCAUAUAGUCAUUCACAUAUAACAUCCAUCAUCUAUAAGUCAUUUUUUGAUUGCAAUAUUUCUCGGAAAACGAAGUCAAACAUUUUUGUUUAUCAGUUUUAAGAAAGAAACAACACGCCAUUAGAAAAUGAACAAUGUUUUGAAGAAGAUGAGGAAUGUUCAAUAUUAGAAUAGUAAGAGCAAAUGUCAACAUCGCUUUUCUACAAAAUAAUAACGAAUACAACUGUAACAUUUACUUCGACUUUAUCUACCAGGGGAGAAUAAGCAAGUGGAUGCAAUUGACUAACAAUGCAUCACAACCGAAAUCAUAGCUUACAAUUAUAGUAGACCACCCCUUUUCUUUCUUUCUUUCUUUAAUUUGCUUAGAUUAUAAUAAAAUGAAAUUAAGAGAAUAUUGUUAUGCUAGCAGCCCCUAAGCUAUUAUAUAUAUAAUUGAAGGAAUAAAACAAGAUCUAGUUCUGACAUUAAUAUGGAUCAUCAAACUCAGGACAUAAACCAAGAUCUCUGUUAGAGGAAAAAACCUUUCCUCUAUGUACAUGUUUUGAGCUUCUUCAGAGCUGUGGAGAGAAAAAAAUGUCACCAUUCAUGAAGUUCUUCAACUUUCUUUAUGAUUCUCUUCCACCUUCCUCUUGGUUUCUGGUCCAAAGACACAACUUAGCAUCAUCCUCAGAGACAGAUGAGGUUGUUAGAAGUGGCAUUAUUGGAGAACUUAUAUACAUUUGGAAGGAGACAAGAAUCUUUGUCUUUAUACCAAUCUUGAAGUUCUUAGUGACAAUGUGUCUGGUGAUGUCAUUUUUGCUAUUCAUAGAAAGAGUUUAUAUGAGCGUAGUUGUAGUGAUUGUGAAGUUACUUAGAAGAACACCUGAAAAAGUACACAAAUGGGAAGCUAUAAACGAUGAUGACCUUGAGCUAGCACACACAAACUACCCAAUGGUUCUCAUUCAGAUCCCAAUGUACAAUGAAAAAGAGGUGUGUCAGUUAUCUAUAGGAGCAGCCUGCAGGCUAUCUUGGCCGUUGGAUCGUAUGAUAGUUCAAGUUCUUGAUGAUUCCACGGAUCCAGCUAGUAAGGAACUGGUGAAUGCAGAAUGCGAUAAAUGGGCUAGAAAAGGUAUAAACAUAAUGUCAGAGAUUCGAGAUAACAGAAUUGGAUACAAAGCUGGAGCAUUAAAGGCAGGAAUGAUGCACAACUAUGUGAAACAAUGCGAGUUUGUCGCCAUUUUCGAUGCUGAUUUUCAGCCUGAUCCUGACUUCUUGGCUCGAACCAUUCCUUUUCUUAUUCAUAACCGUGAAAUCUCCCUUGUUCAAUGCCGUUGGAAGUUUGUGAAUGCAAACGAGUGUCUAAUGACAAGAAUGCAAGAAAUGUCACUAAACUACCAUUUCUUGGCUGAGCAAGAAUCUGGAUCUUCAAUACAUGCUUUCUUUGGAUUCAAUGGAACCGCUGGUGUUUGGAGAAUUGCAGCUUUAAAUGAAGCUGGAGGAUGGAAAGAUCGAACAACAGUAGAAGACAUGGAUUUAGCUGUAAGAGCUUGUCUUCAUGGUUGGAAGUUUGUCUAUGUCCAUAACGUUGAGGUGAAAAAUGAAUUGCCAAGCACAUUCAAAGCAUACAGGUUUCAGCAACAUAGAUGGUCUUGUGGACCAGCUAACCUCUGGAGGAAGAUGACAAUGGAGAUUUUACAGAACAAGAAAGUGUCUGCAUGGAAGAAGUUGUAUCUCAUAUACAAUUUCUUCUUCAUAAGGAAGAUAGUAGUACACAUCUUCACAUUUGUCUUCUACUGUCUGAUCUUACCAGCAACUGUGCUAUUCCCUGAGCUCCAAGUUCCUAAAUGGGCAACUGUUUAUGUUCCUAGUACAAUCACUCUCCUUAACGCUCUGGCUACACCUAGAUCACUCCAUCUUCUUGUGUUUUGGAUCUUGUUUGAGAAUGUAAUGUCUAUGCACCGCACAAAGGCGACUUUCAUUGGGUUACUAGAAGCAGGAAGAGUUAACGAAUGGGUUGUUACAGAAAAACUUGGUGAUACACUCAAGUCUAAGUUAAUAACCAAAGCUACAACUAAGCUUUAUACAAGAUUUGGACAAAGAAUCAAUUGGAGGGAGCUUGUUGUUGGGUUAUAUAUAUUCAUCUGCGGAUGCUAUGAUUUCGCCUAUGGAGGAUCAUAUUUCUAUGUUUAUUUGUUUUUACAGGCUUGUGCAUUUUUUGUUGCUGGAGUUGGUUAUAUUGGCACCAUUGUUCCCAUUGGUUAGAGAGACUUGGUUUUCAGAAACAAAUGUUAUUUUGCUACUCAUGUUAGAACAACUAGGGAUUGGAUCUUGGAUAAACAAUGUUAACUCUUCCAAUUUUCACACUCAAAUGUAUUACUACUAGUAAAUGUUUA